UGUACUUGCAAGAUGCCAUCCUCCCUCCCCCCUCCCUCGAAGAAGCGGAAGUUGCAGGAGAGCCAGACGAUAAAGGAGGUCCAGAGGCUCGAACAAAUCCUUACGGACGCCAUCACCACCAAUGCAUCCUUGAAUCCCCUCGCGGACCUGGUCGAUCUAGCGGCGAAGGCGAAGGACGCCAGAGAUGUCUCCAAGGCUAUCUACGCGCUCUACCGGGUCUUUGUGCUCCUUAUUAAUGAAGGGAAGCUGGAGGUCGAUGGAACGGAAGCGGCGGCAGCCGUGAAGACAUGGAUCCGCGAACAGAUGAAUCGCUAUGUGAAUGUCCUUGGCGCGCUGCUCAAGCAUGAGGAGAAGACCAUACGUGUGUCAGCUCUGCAAAUACUGUUCUCCCUGCAGAAACAUCUAUCCUCAUCCAUAUCCGCACCCUCUAAGCCUCAAUUCCAUGUAUCUCACUUCAAGCGGAUCGUCUCCUUCCUUCUCCUCGGUUCCCCUGGACACCCCUCUUCCAUCGAUCCGGAUGUAUUGCAUGAGUUCCAUGACAAGUGGUUCAGCGAGAACGACGAUAUCCGAUGGUUCUUUCUUCGUGAGGCAGCCACCCUCCUCCACAACAAUCCCGACUCUAAGGACGCCCCAAUCAACCUCCUCACCAUCCUCCAAGGCCUCACCACCUUCCCCACCGAGCAAGCCGAGCUCAACUCCUGGUGGGUCCUCGAGCUCGGCACCAAACCCCCCAAGCCGAAAAAGGCGAAGGGCAGCGCAGACGCAUCAGACUCCGAGGACGAGGCGAAGCCCGCCGGCACCGAGGACGACGACGACGACUGGCGCAAGUUCUUCGACGACGAGCCCGAGGCAGGGGCGGGGAAGGACAAAACGCCGUCCGCGCGAUUGCACAAUCUGACCAUCCACCAGUCGCUGCACUCGCUGCCGUCGCACCGCGCGGUGUUCACGCGCGCGUGGCUUACCUUGCUGCCGCGGCUGACCAUCAAGGGCGACCCGGACCUGUCGCGCGCCCUCGCCGUGCGCGCACUGAACGUUAUGCACCGCGGGGUGCUGCCCCAUCUGACGCGGGCUGUCCUCGUCAUGGACUGGAUCGCCGCAUGCGUCGACUACGGGGGAUCGCCCGGCCUGCUCGCGCUAAACGCGCUCUUCGUCCUGAUGAAGGAGUACAAUCUGGACUAUCCGUUCUUCUACAAGCGCCUCUACGCGUUCCUGGAUCGGGAUGUGCUGCACUUGAAGCACAGGGCACGGUUCUUCAGGAUGGCGGAGGUCUUCUUGAGUUCGACUCACCUCCCCGCGACCCUCCUCGCAUCCUUCGUCAAGCGCCUUGCGCGGCUCUCGCUUAGCGCGCCGCCCGCGGCAAUCGUCAUGGUUAUCCCCUUCACCUACAACAUCCUCAAGCGGCAUCCGAAGCUUAUGCCCAUGAUCCAUCGCUCGGAUUACGAUGGUGCUGAAGAAGACCCCUUCCUCCCCGAAGAGUCCGACCCCCAGCAAACCAACGCCCUCGCCAGCUCCCUCUGGGAGCUCGCCACGCACCGGCAGCACUACCACGCCGGCGUGUCAACGCUAGCCAAGAUCUUCUCCGAAGCAUUCACAAAGCCGAGCUACGCGAUGGAGGACUUUCUGGAUCAUACGUAUGGGACGCUCUUCGAGACCGAGGCCAAGCGCAAGAUCAAGAAGGAGCCCGCGCUCGCGCUCGACAUCGGGAAGGACCUGGAGAGGCUCUUCCCGGUCGUCCAGGAAGACCGCCCGACGAUGGAGGGUGGCGUGGUGCAGGAUUUGUGGGUCUUUGCGUAGAUUGUACCCUCUGUAUUGCGUCUACUGCUUACUUGCUUGUAUAAAAAUAUGUUUGCUAUUACUGCGCCUCCAGAGGAACUUCACACGGC